AUGCUUUCAAUAGAAAAAGAAAAUUCAAGAGUUGCUACAACUAAACCAUUAGAUGAACUUUUUACUAAUGUCGGUCAAAAGUUUGAGACAGAGACCGUAAAGCAUGAAGGCUAUCGUUUUGACUACCCAUUAAGAUGGCUAAGAGACCCAUCUGUCACAAAAGCUAUUGGCUUUCGUAGAAUGAAGUUCAUUUCAGAAGCCAUACAUGGUUUCCCAUUUACGGUCGGUUUUGAAGUUCGAUACUAUAACAAAGAAAAACGUAUGUAUGAGAAAUUUGAACAGGGAAAACUUUUACAAGUUAGUUUGCUUGUAAACUUAGAAACAACUCUUCAAGCUUUUCAAGAAAAAAUAAACGAUAUCUAUAUCGAAUAUGCAAACCAGUAUAACAUUGACGAAGGAGAGUACCAUCUCGAUAUUAUUUAUGACAGGAAAAAUGCAACUGUUAAAAUCAAUAAAAUAGAAGACCUUGGAGAAAACGUUUAUAUUUCUACAAAAUAUAA